CGAUGUCGGGCCUGGGGUGCCCGGCCUGCGCAGCAAGCCCGGCCAGCUGGGCUCUUCCUCGGGCGCAGUAAAAAGAGGCGUGAUAAGGUUUACUUCCAAAGUGAGCCCCUUGACAUUGCUUGGACUCGGUUACAGAGCAUUUGUGCUACCUGUCUGCUGGAGGACAGGUGCUCUGGGCCGCCUGUGAGCAGAACCACCCCCGAAUUCAGGGACGGGAGGAAAUGUGCCUUGGGCCUGCAAUCCAGAGGAGAUUUGUUAAGCAAUGGGUCAAGAAGCUGGCAAACCUGCCUGGCCCAAACCAGCAGGAGGGUAUCAGACUGCUACAGGUAGAAGAUACGGAAGACGACAUGCCUAUGUUGGUUUUAGACCAUCUUUGAAUAGCCAAGACGGAGAUGAACAUCAACAUGAAGACUGUGAACGAUUAGAAUGGGAGGAUGUUCAGAGAGAGAAUUCUUUAUGUUCCAAUUCGACGGUUCAGUUUUCUCCUGAUUUAUUGGAUGAGCCUGCAUUAGAAAAUAUUGGAACUGGAGAACCCAUUGCCCAAAAUGUAUCAAGCCGAACUUUUGAAGCGAACAUGUCACCAUUUUCUCUAUUCUCUUAUGGUCUGGAAGGCAACAAAAUCUCAGGGAACUUUAUGAAUCCUUAUGAAAAUUCUGAGGACCUUACAGAAUAUGCAUCUGGAGGGCAUAAUGAUUUGAAUGGUCAGAAUGGAAUUGCUUUUGUAAACAUUGACUCUUACGAGCCAGAUAGCAGUGAUGGAGAGGAAGAUGAUGCUCAGGACAAAUUUUCUUUGGCAAGAGAAGCAGACAGUGUAUUUCAGGGAACACUAGAUAACAUGUUUUCUGAGUUAGAAAAAAACAUAGAGUCUUUUACUGACUUACAGUCCCGACUGUCUGCUCUCAAUCACAGUGUUUCUACAGAAUGUUGUGAAGAAGCGGGACCAAUGCAUUUAAUGAGAUAUUUUAGCAUAGAUUCAGGCUUGGCGUGUCCAGACAACAGGACAUUUAAUUCUUCUGCUGAAGAUCAAGCUAUACUGAAUAGUAACUUGAGUGGUGCCAAUUGUGAAAUGCAACAGAUAAAAAAUACAGUGGAUGUUGGAAUCAGAACCCCUAUAACAAUUGCUAAUGAAUUAAAUGUCAAUGGUGGAAGGACUGACCGAGAAAACUCAACUGAGCUAGUAGUGAGACCUAAAAUAAGAAGACCAAAUAAUGCUAACCAGUUGGAGAGAGAGAAGUUUCUCCCUAAAGACAAUAAAGAGGAAAGUGAUUCUUGGAGAAGAGAUGAAGUUGAUGAAAUCCAGCAAGGCCAUGCUGAGCAUGCCUUGAAAAAUAGCAGAGAGAUGAGUUCUGAUAUAUACUUUGACUCAAGAGAAUAUGAAGGUCAUCAAAAGAACACAGAAAUAAUAAGGAAAAAUGCAGCAGCUCAAGAAGAAAAAAAAGUGCUAGAUAGCACUGUCUGGGAUGAUUUUGAAGACUGCACGAGACACUCCUCAAUGUCCCACAAUGAUGAAGACAGUUCAGAAUGGAGUGAUGGAGAAUGGUCUACAACUGUGCCUAGCUAUUUUACUGCUACAGAAAAGGACCAGUCUUCAAGUGAUGAGAGCUGGGAGACUGUCCCAGGCAAGGAGGACUGUGACCCUGAAGUGCAGAGCAGCAGCAGUGGUGUAGAAGAGAACACAGACGUCUGUUCCCAAAGAGGGGAACAGACAAUAUUGGAGGAAGGAGAGAUUCCUUGGUUACAGUACCAAAAUGAAGUAGAAAGCAGCAGUGAUGAGGAAAAUGAUCCAGUUAGUGAUUUUGUGCAUCCUGCGUUCUUCCUGUUGGAUGGAAAUAACAACCUUGAGGAUGACUCCAGUGUGAGUGAAGACCUGGAUGUGGAGUGGAGAAUACUUGAUGAGUUUGGAGAUGGCCUAGGGCUUGCUCAAGCCAUUCCUUAUAUGGAUCCUCAGUUUCUCGCAUUUAUGGCACUAGAGGGACGCUUACAACAAGCUAUGGAGACUGCUAUGGCACAUCUGGAGUCUCUUGGAUUUGAUGUUGAACAGGCUCAUCCACCAGCUACUAAAGAAGCUAUAGAUUGUCUGCCACAGAUUGUCAUCACAGAUGACCAUGAAGGUCAAGAGCAGUGCUGCACUAUCUGUUGCAGUGAAUAUGUAAAAGAUGAAAUCAUAACAGAGCUACCCUGUCAUCAUUUGUUUCACAAACUUUGUGUAACUCUUUGGUUACAGAAGUCGGGAACAUGCCCGGUUUGUCGUCAUGUGCUUGCACCCGUGCCUCCUGAAGCAGCUCCUGCCACUGUUUCCUUUCUCUCUGAUCAUGAUUUGACAUCUUCUGUUCGCAGUGCUACGGGAACCUCAAACUAGGGUCUGAAAUUAAAUCUUUGGUACCGAAACAAAAAUGUAAAUUUUGCCUGUUUAAUUGCAAUGCGAAAACAAAUAUGUAUAAAAUAUUGUAUGUAAAAUACUAUCUAUAUUAUAUAUUUUAGUUUAGAAAGAGGGUGCAAUACUUUCUAAACUCUUUAGGUUUACAAUAAUGGCUUAAAUUUCCAAACUAUAAGUUAGAAGAAUGUUGCUGGUAACUGUAAUGUCUAAAUCUUGUACUAUGAUAAAUUUUUUUGAAAAGAUAAUUAAUGUGUCACUUUAUUCAAGUUCUUGCAGCUGCAGUGCGGUUGCAGCUUAAAGUUAUGUUUAUAAUCUGUUGUAUGUAGUGUAACUGAACUACUUGCUUUUGUCAAAGUUAGUUCCAUUCGGUGACUUUGUAACUGGUCUCUCAUACCUACAUCAAAUGUGAAGAUGUUCUGUGACACCAGCAGCGAUAAAAUUUGAUUUCACUGGAAAAAAAUUGCGUAAUGAAACAAUAUUUCUUAUAAGUACAUUCUAUAAUAAAUAUUUUCCUAAUGUCAGAA